CGCAUCUUCUCCAAAAGAACGACAGACAGUUUAACGGGACAAUUCAUCAAGCAACUCAUCAAUAUCCAACCGCUGCCGUCUCCACCGCAGGAACAACGGAUUGUACCGCCUCGACUACGACUACUGUUACCGUCGCCGCCUCCGUCGCAGCAGAUGCAACCCAUACAACAACUACUCACGUUGCAGAUGCAACCCACACAACAACAACCACCACUCACGCUGCAGAUGCAACCCACACCAGAGCCACCGUCGCUGCAGACGCAACCCACACAACAACAACAACCACCCACGCAGCACAUGCAACCCACACCAGAGCCACCGUCGCAGCAGAUGCAACCCACACAACAACAACCACCCACGCAGCACAUGCAACCCACACAACAAGAGCCACCGUCGCAGCAGAUGCAACCCAAACAAGAGCCACCGUCGCAGCAGAUGCAACCCACACAAGAGCCACCGACACCAACAACUAACGUGUCCGUGGAUAUGUGUAAGAACAAUGUACUGUUUGAUCUCCGAUGGAAGCGUUUCGACGAUUGGAAGAUAACUGUCGAGAAACGAGAGAAGUCGAAAAAACGAAAGAUCAAAUGUAUUGCCGCUGAUUUGGAAAAGCUACACCACCAAAAACGAAAGAUGGAAGAAGGCAUGGCCGCUAAUUUGCAAGAACUGCACGACCAAAAACGAAAAAUGGAAGAAAGCAUGGCCGCUAAUUUGGAAGAGCUGCACCAGCAAAAACGAAAGAUGGAAGAAAGCAUGGCCGCUAAUUUGGAAGAGCUGAACCAGCAAAAACAACAAAUUGGAACAAUGUUGAUACAAAUUGGAAAUCAGAUGAUGUGUAACAAAUAG